ACCGUCCGCGAACAGUUCCGCCGCGAGCUCGAGAUGCUGCUGCUCGGGCCCGCGCUCCGCCGUGCCCUGGUGGCCCGCCCCUGGAGGGAACCCGGGCUGUGGUGGAAGCACACGGCCUCCCUGAAGGUGGCCAAUGAGCCGGUCUUAGCAUUCACGCAGGGCAGCCCUGAGCGAGAUGCGCUGCAGAAGGCCUUGAAGGACCUGAAGGGCCGGACGGAAGCCGUUCCAUGUGUGGUGGGGGACGAAGAGGUGUGGACGUCAGACGUGCGCUAUCAGGUGUCGCCCUUCAACCAUGGACACAAGGUGGCCAAGUUCUGCUAUGCAGACAAGGCCCUACUCAACAAAGCCAUCGAGGCCGCGUUGGCCGCCAGGAAAGAGUGGGACCUGAAGCCUGUUGCAGACCGGGCCCAGAUCUUCCUGAAGGCGGCGGACAUGCUGAGCGGGCUGCGCAGGGCAGAGGUCCUUGCCAAGACCAUGGUGGGACAGGGUAAGACGGUGAUCCAGGCGGAGAUCGACGCGGCGGCCGAGCUCAUCGACUUCUUCCGGUUCAAUGCCAAGUUUGCCAUGGAGCUAGAGGGGCAGCAGCCCCUCAGCGUGCCGCCCAGCACCAACAGCGUUGUGUACCGGGGACUGGAGGGCUUCGUGGCAGCCAUCUCCCCCUUUAACUUCACGGCGAUCGGUGGCAACCUGGCGGGGGCGCCGGCCUUGAUGGGCAACGUGGUCCUGUGGAAGCCCAGCGACACAGCCAUGCUGGCCAGCUAUGCCGUCUACCGCAUCCUCCGGGAGGCGGGCCUGCCCCCCAACAUCAUCCAGUUUGUGCCAGCCGAUGGGCCCACAUUUGGCGACACUGUCACCAGCUCGGAACACCUCUGUGGUAUCAACUUCACAGGCAGCGUGCCCACCUUCAAACACCUGUGGAAGCAGGUGGCCCAGAACCUGGACCGGUUCCGCACUUUCCCACGUCUGGCUGGAGAGUGUGGGGGGAAGAACUUCCACUUCGUGCACGGCUCGGCCGACGUGGACAGCGUGGUGAGCGGGACCCUGCGCUCGGCCUUCGAGUAUGGCGGCCAGAAGUGCUCAGCCUGCUCCCGCCUCUAUGUGCCACAGUCGCUGUGGCCGCAGAUCAAAGGGCGGCUGCUGCAGGAGCACGGCAGGAUCAAAGUGGGCGACCCAGCAGAGGAUUUUGGGACCUUCUUCUCUGCCGUGAUUGAUGCCAAGUCAUUCGGUCGCAUCAAGAAGUGGCUGGAGCAUGCGCGCUCCUCACCCAGCCUCACCAUCCUGGCCGGGGGCAAGUGUGACGACUCUGUGGGCUACUUCGUGGAGCCCUGCAUCGUCGAGAGCAAGGACCCUCAGGAGCCUAUCAUGAAGGAGGAGAUCUUCGGGCCGGUGCUGACCGUCUAUGUCUACCCGGACGACAAGUACAAGGAGACACUGCGGCUGGUCGACAGCACCACCAGCUACGGCCUCACGGGGGCAGUGUUCGCCCAGGAUAAGGAUGUUGUUCAGGAGGCCACAAGGAUGCUGAGGAACACGGCCGGCAACUUCUACAUCAACGACAAGUCCACUGGCUCUGUGGUGGGCCAGCAGCCCUUUGGGGGGGCCCGAGCCUCUGGAACCAAUGACAAGCCAGGGGGACCCCACUACAUCCUGCGGUGGACGUCACCCCAGGUCAUCAAGGAGACCCACGAGCCUCUGGGGGAUUGGUGCUACGCCUACAUGCAGUGAGCCCCGCUCGGCGCCUCUGCCGUUUGUCCGGACGGCUGACCUCAGUGCCCUGGUCCCACUCCAGCCCCUUUGACCUGCUCCCCGUGGCAUGGCCGCCUUUCCAGGGCCGAGACUGCCCCCUUGCCCUGACUGGGCUACAUGCUGGCCUGUCCCACCCCUUGGGGGCAGGUGCAGGCUCUGAUUUGAGACCGUGCUGGGGAGGAUCAGGGCUGCCACCCCUUUAUCACAGUUGUUGUAGAGAUUU